GCCAAAACAAAUUGACAAUCCAAACUACUUUGAAGUCGAAAACCCAUAUAUCGUCGACCCAAUCACUGCCAUCGGUGUUGAAAUCUGGACAAUGUCAAAAGAUAUCCUCUUUGAUAACUUUAUUAUCACCCACAACAAAGAAGAAGCCAAAAAAGUCAUCGAAGAACUCUGGAAACCAAAGCAUCAAGUCCAACUUGAUAGACAACUCGCUAAAGAAGCUGAAGAAGCUAAAAAUUUAGAACAAUCAUCAAAUAUCUUCCAAACUGCUAUUGACUAUUUCAAUUUCUUCAAAGCUACCGCUGAUGAAAACCCAAUGCUCUACAUUGUCGCCUUCAGCACAAUCAUCUUACCAUUCGUAUUUUGUUUAAUUAAACCAUCAAAAAAAACUAAUCCAAAACCACAACAACCAUCAACUACUACUGAAGCCACCACCUCAACAGUUAAAGAAGUUAAAAAAUCAUCAGUAAAGGAUGAACCAUCCAUUGAAUCUGAAUCAUCUGAAGAUGAAAAAGAAAAGAAAUCAACUGUAACUAAAAGAACCAAACAAGUUAAAUAAAUAAAUAAAUUAUAGACCAUAUUUAAUUUUAUGUAAUUAAAAAAAUUAAAUAUUAAAAACCUUUUUUUUUUAUAUUAAUAAAUAAAUAAUAAUUAAAUUUUUAUUUAAGUUUAUGUUAUAAU